AUUCAUUCAUUCAAUUAAUGUCAAAUCCGCGUGUGGUGCACGCAUGCUAUUUCAUUGUAAUUUUUGUUAAUUUUUAAGCAAAAUGCCCACACCAGACAAAAUUCUAAUGCGAAAGAUCAAAAAACGCGAAAAGAAGAAGUUAAAGCUUAUAGCACAGAAGUCAAAUGGAACUUCAGAAAGUAUUUCAGAAGAAGAUGUUCAGGCAAGUGAGGUGAAAAAAAGACCACUAGAAAAUAAUGAAGCUACAGAACAAACACUAUCCAAAAAAAAAAAGAAAAAGAAGGCGAAAGUAGAAGUAAAGGAAGAACUUAAAGUAAAAGAGGAAUCUGACAGUGAUAAUGAUGGUUCAGACGUAGAAGACAGUCAGAAUGAUACGGAAGAGGAGGAAAUUGAAAAUAAACAAAAUCAAGAUAGUCAAUUGCCAGGGUCCAACUUGUGCUUGGGAAUUCUAUCGGACCAGAAGUUCUCUUCAUUGGAAGGCAAAGUUUGUGAGCCUACUUUAAUGGGCAUCAAGGAUAUGGGCUUCACCACUAUGACAGAGAUCCAAGCUAAGGCCAUUCCACCGCUGCUCGAAGGAAGGGACCUUGUGGGAGCUGCCAGGACUGGCUCCGGCAAGACCUUGGCCUUCCUCAUACCAGCUAUAGAUCUCAUUUACAAGCUGAAGUUUAAGCCGAGAAAUGGAACUGGUGUGAUUAUACUUUCGCCAACACGAGAGUUGUCAAUGCAGACAUUUGGAGUGUUAAUGGAGUUGAUGAAGUAUCAUCACCAUACAUAUGGCUUGGUGAUGGGAGGAGCCAACAGGAGUACCGAAGCACAGAAGCUUUCUAAAGGUAUCAACAUCUUAGUGGCGACACCUGGUAGAUUGCUGGACCACCUCCAGAACACACCAGACUUCCUGUACAAGAACUUGCAGUGCCUCGUCAUCGACGAAGCUGAUAGAAUACUCGAGAUUGGCUUCGAAGAAGAAGUCAAACAGAUUAUUAAGCUGUUACCUAAGCGGCGUCAAACCAUGUUGUUCAGUGCGACACAGACGAAGAAAACCGAAGCGCUAACAGCUCUAGCCGUGAAACACGAGCCUGUCUAUGUCGGUGUUGACGAUCACAGGGAACAAGCAACCGUCGACUCAUUGGAACAGGGGUACAUAGUAUGUCCUUCAGAGAAGAGAUUCUUAGUGCUGUUCACAUUCCUGAAGAAAAACAGAAAGAAGAAGGUGAUGGUGUUCUUCUCUACCUGCAUGUCUGUCAAGUACCACCACGAGCUGUUCAACUACAUUGACCUACCAGUCAUGUCUAUUCAUGGCAAGCAGCAACAAACCAAGCGUACGACGACAUUCUUCCAGUUCUGCAAUGCUGAGUCAGGCAUACUUCUGUGCACCGACGUAGCGGCGAGAGGAUUGGACAUACCCGCUGUGGACUGGAUCGUACAAUACGACCCUCCGGAUGAUCCAAAAGAAUACAUCCACCGAGUGGGCAGAACAGCUAGAGGUCUCGGCACGAGUGGCCACGCUCUGCUCUUCCUGCGGCCGGAGGAGCUCGGCUUCCUCAGAUACUUGAAACAGUCAAAGGUCACGCUCAACGAAUUCGAGUUCUCAUGGAACAAAGUCUCAGACAUACAAAUGCAAUUAGAAAAACUAAUUUCAAGGAAUUACUUCCUCAACCAAUCCGCUAAAGAAGCCUUCAAGAGCUACCUCAGAGCUUACGACUCUCACCAUCUGAAAACUAUCUUCGAUAUUGACACGAUCGACAUGGCAAAGGUGUCAAAAUCAUUCGGUUUCAUUGUUCCACCAGCGGUUGAAUUGAAAGUGGCGAGCAAAGGUCCUCCGACUAAAAGGAAAGGUGGCGGUGGAUAUGGCUACUUCAAAUCGCUCAACGACCCAGGAAAUCAGAAGAGAGCGGAGAAAACGAAAAUAUAUCGACAGAAAGGCAACAACAAGAGAAGUUUUAGUUGAAAUCAUCUUAUACGGGACAUAUUGUUAUAAGUUAUCAUCGUAAAUAAAAACAAUAUUUAACUUUAAAAA